UAAUCCAAGCGUCUGUUUAUUACACGUUCAUUAUCGAAGUGACACUGCGAAGACUAACGUAAGCAGAUCUCCAGUCGCAAAAUUUAACAAGAUUUUGAACGAACUGAGAUUAUAAAAAGGGGUACAAUUGUGGGAUACAUUUGGCCAGUUUUAGACAUUAACACUCCCACCAACAGAAAACGCCAGCGGAGUGAAUCUAUUGCAAGGGAGCAAAAGCAGAGCGCUGUUCAGAAGACAGUCCGCUUUACAGCCACCUAGGCGAAGAAAUCCAGUUCGGACUUGACUACAUUUAUUGCCAAAUACACCAAAAGAAAUGUCUGCCCCUGCAGCCGGAGCACCAGCACCAGAAGGAGCAACCCAACCUCCUAACCUCACCAGCAACCGCCGCCUGCAGCAGACACAGGCACAAGUAGAUGAGGUGGUGGAUAUUAUGCGUGUGAACGUGGACAAGGUCCUGGAACGUGAUCAGAAGCUAUCUGAGCUCGACGACAGGGCUGAUGCUUUGCAGGCUGGGGCUUCACAGUUCGAGACCAGCGCCGCCAAACUCAAGAACAAGUAUUGGUGGAAGAAUGCCAAGAUGAUGAUUAUUAUGGGGGUGAUAUGCGUGAUUGUCCUCAUCGUUGUCAUUGUGUACUUCAGUACCUAAGAGGAGUGACUCCUACCCCAGUCGGCACUCGAGACUGCCAGCUACCUUGUGACAGAAAACCCUUCUAAUUGAUGACAAAAGUAACAUUUGACGAUCAAUCAGUUAAUUCGAUUGUUCCCUAAACAGUCUAAAUAUGACACUUCUGGCCCCCUCACCCCUCCCCAACCCUUGCUUCCACCACCUCACCUCUGGACCCCUGUCAAUCUUCGUCCUGUGAGUUUGUGGCCCUGCCUCCUGUGUAAAUACUGCUUUUCUAAACUUAAUUUAACACUCAGAACCCAAUACUUGUUGUGAUUGUUACUUGAUAACGACAACAGAAAAAGGAAACUAUGGUCCUGGCGAUAAUUGUUAUAUACCAGAUAUGAAAUAUAUAUAUAGUUCUUUGUAGAGUUUUAUUCUGAUAUAAUGUUUUUUGUAGGUUGUGUGUGUGUGUGUGCGUUUUGUAUUUUUUAAUUUUUGUAUUAAUUUGACUUACGCUUCAGAAUUCAACUACUGCCUAAUCAUCAGAGUGUGUAUAUCGUGCACGUUCUUUUACUGUUUCUGCCUGUCUCUGGUUUCCUCCAGCUCUGUUUCAGAGCAUAGGUGCAUAUUUGCACUGUGGACUUAGUUUCCUUUAACUGAGGUAAUCAAUAUUCCCCUCACUCUCUCCUAUCCUUCCUUCUUUCAGAAAUUCCUCAUUCUUUCUUUCCCUCUUUCCCUCUUUCCC